AUGCUCCGACGACUGCGCCUUCGCCCUCGCCCCCUACUCGACCACGAUGCGCGCUACGUCUCGUACUCGUUCGACGCGCGUCCGCUGGAGCUCAGCGCCACCGGGCAGUCAGGUCGGGUCGUGUUUGGCGCAAACGUUGCUGCAGCCCGACUCGGCGCCUUAAGUUGCGCGAGCGGCAUGCGCAAGGUGCUGCUUGUCCGGGACCGCGAAGCUGCAGCCGCGUCCCGCGCGCGGUUCAUUGAGUUUUUGUUACUGAACGUGGGCGUGCCGUGCUUUCAAUUCACGCUCGGGCGGGACUGUGCGACAGUAGAGGGCGUGGACCAGGCUGUUGCAAUGGCGCAGCGGGUGGGCGCUGAUAGUGUCGUGGCCUUUGGCGGUGGCAGUACGAUGGACAUGGCCCGAGCUGUGGCAGUGGUGAUGGCAAAAGGUGGCAAAGCUGUCGAUUACAUGACGUUCGGCACUGAAGGAAGCGAUGAUGACGAGCGAGCGGACCUUAAGUUGCUCCAAGAAAACCUCGAGACUGCACCGCUGUUGCUGGUUCCGACCAUUGCAGGCAGUGGCGCUGAAGUGGCCAAUCGCACGUUGUUGUUGGAUGAAGCGAGAGAAACAAAAGAGCUCUUUGCAGCGGGAAGAGCGAUCGUGCCGGAGGCGGUGGUUGUUGAUCCGACGUUGAUGCUGACGGUCCCUCUGUGCGUGACGGUACAAGGUGCGUUAACGGCUUUGGGACAGUGUCUGGAGUCCUAUUUGCUGGGCGGAGCUGAUGACGACUUAGCACUGGAGGGGCUGGAGGUAGUGGCGGGAGCUCUUGGUGCACUGACCACGCAAGAGAAGUUGGAUGUCAAAGCUACAGCGCUGCGUGAGCAGCUCGCGCUAGGUAGCGUGCUUUCGGGCAUUGCGACCAACUCAUCGGGGGCAGGAGCGGCGCAGGCGCUGGCGGUGUCAACAGGUGGCAUCUCAGACAUGCCGCAUGGACAAGUUGCGACGGUCUUCUUGCCGUUUGUAUUCGACCGGUAUGCUGAGCUAGUCGACGAGAAUAAAGGCGACCCGUUUUUUGACGAGCUCGGCGAGAAGCUGGAGAACGCUGCGGACCGACUGACGGCUGCAAGCGGUUUGAAGGGUGCUGACAUCGCUGCAUGGCUGCGUUACGUCAUUGCUCAUUUCGAUCUGCCAACUGCGUCAACACUAGAGCUGGAUGAGGAAUUGCUGAACGGCCUCACUGACCGUGCAACACAGUACCAAGAUGAAUUGAUGAAAGUAUGUCGUAGCGAUGGAAAUGGCGCUAUCAUGGAGAAAGACGACUUGCGCGCAAUUAUUGAUCGUGCCGUGCUGGUUCUGGAGCCUUUCAAAGCUGCUGGAGAGACACGCGACCUGCAGUGA